CAGCAGUUGACUUUCAAGAGUGAAAUUUGUCUCUCAUAUCAGUAGCAGUGUAAAAUUUCAUUUGGUAUUUGUUGUAAUUGAAUCUGCAUGAUCAGAUUGUUUUCCAGAAAAGCUAAAGCACUUGAAAUUUCUGCGAAGCAUUGUUGGAAAUGUUUCCGGCGAAGUGGGUUCUCGGCCGAAGCAGCCCAAUUCGCCCAACCGUCAAGCAUGUCUCUUCCACAGUUCGAUUCUUAUGUUUAUGGUGCCAUGCUUCGAGAUUGUAUCCAAACCGGUGACCUCUUUGUGGGAAAGACUCUUCAUUGUGAGAUUAUAAAGAAGGGUAAUUGCCUAGACUUGUUUGCUUACAACAUUCUUCUCGACUUCUAUGUUAAAUCGGAUGCAUUAUCCGAUGCGAGUAAAAUUUUCGACGAAAUGCCUGAGAGAAAUACGAUAUCUUUUGUUACUCUUAUUCAAGGUUACGCUCAGUCAUUUCAAUUGGUUGAGCCGUUUGAGUUGUUUUUUCGGUUACAUAGAGAAGGUCAUGAGCUUAACCCUUUUGUUUUUACUACAAUUUUGAAGUUGAUAGUUGGUAUGGAGUGGGAAAAGUUGGGUUAUUGCAUCCACGCUUGCAUUUUUAAGCUUGGUCUUGACUCUAAUGCCUUUGUUGGGACUGCUCUAAUUGAUGCCUAUUCUGUUUGUGGUCAUGUUGACAGUGCAAGACAAGUUUUUGAUGCCAUCGCUUGCAAGGACAUGGUUUCUUGGACUGGGAUGGUAGCUUGCUAUGCUGAGAAUGAUCAUUUUGAAGAUUCCUUGCAACUCUUCUCACAGAUGAGAAUGGCUGGUUUCAGACCUAAUCAUUUCACUUUUACUGGUGUGCUCAAAGCUUGCAUUGGACUUGAGGCUUUUGAUGUGGGGAAAGGUGUUCAUGGUUGUGCUUUAAAAACUCGUUAUGAACUUGAUCUUUAUGUGGGUCUUGGCUUACUUGAUUUGUAUACUAAGUCUGGAGGAUCUCAUGCUGCUCUGUCGGUAUUUGAGGAGAUUCCCAAAACUGAUGUGAUUCCUUGGAGUUUCAUGAUUGCACGAUAUGCCCAGAGCAACCAGAGCAAAGAGGCUCUGGAGCUGUUUGGCCAGAUGAGGCGAGCAUUUAUCCCUCCUAAUCAGUUUACAUUUGCCAGUGUGCUGCAAGCUUGUGCAACUAUGGAGAGUCUUGACUUAGGGAAACAAUUACAUUCCCAUGUAUUUAAGUCUGGUUUGGGCAUUAAUGUAUUUGUUUCAAAUGCCCUAAUGGAUAUGUAUGCUAAAUGUGGAAGGGUGGAAAACUCAAUGGAACUAUUUAUGGAAUCACCAAACAGAAAUGAGGUGGCUUGGAAUACGAUGAUUGUUGCCUAUGUGCAGUCAGGUGAUGUAGAGAAGGCGUUAAGUUUAUUUAAAAAUAUGCUUGCAUGCCAAGUUCAGGCUACUGAAGUGACAUACUCUAGUGCUCUCUGUGCUUGUGCUAGUUUAGCAGCCAUGGAACCAGGAAUUCAGAUUCAUUCCUUGUCGGUGAAAACCAUCUACGACAGGGAUACUGUGGUUGGUAAUGCUUUAAUUGAUAUGUAUGCCAAGUGCGGAAGCAUUAAAGAUGCACGCUUAGUAUUUGACAUGCUUAAUGAACGUGAUGAAGUUUCGUGGAAUGCUAUGAUCUCGGGAUAUUCCAUGCAUGGUCUAAGUGGGGAAGCUCUAAAAGUUUUUCAGAUGAUGCAGGAAACAGCUUGUAAACCUAACAAGUUAACAUUCCUCAGUGUCCUAUCUGCAUGUAGCAGUGCAGGAUUGUUAGAUAUAGGACAAACUUAUUUCAAAUCUAUGGUACAGGACUAUGGCAUCGAACCAUGCAUGGAGCACUAUACUUGUAUGGUCUCGCUAUUAGGAAAAUCAGGCCAUCUUAAUAAGGCUAUAAAGUUGAUUGAAGAAAUCCCAUCUGAGCCCAGUGUUAUGGUGUGGCGUGCCUUACUGGCGGCUUGUGUGAUCCAUAAUGAUGUUCAGCUUGGAAGAAUAUCUGCUCAACGUAUUCUUGAGAUUGACCCCCAAGAUGAAGCAACCCAUGUGCUAUUGUCAAACAUGUAUGCCGCAGCAAGGAGCUGGGAAAAUGUAGCUUCUGUUAGGAAAACUAUGAAAGAGAAAGGAGUAAAGAAAGAACCAGGAUUAAGUUGGAUUGAAAACCAAGGCAGUGUUCACUAUUUCUCUGUGGGGGAUAUUUCACAUCCUGACAUGAAGUUGAUUAAUGGGAUGCUCGAGUGGUUGAACAUGAAAACCAGGAAGGCAGGUUAUGUUCCCAAUCUUAAUGCUGUUUUGCUUGAUGUUGAAGAUGAUGAAAAGGAGCACCGUUUGUGGGGACACAGUGAAAGACUAGCUUUAGCUUUUGGUCUAAUUAGAACACCAUCUACAGGCCACAUUCGCAUCAUUAAAAACCUCCGAAUAUGUGCAGACUGCCAUUCAGCAAUAAAGUUCAUGUCAAAGAUUGUGCAGCGAGAAAUAAUUAUCAGAGAUAUGAAUCGGUUCCAUCACUUUCAGGAUGGAAUUUGCUCUUGUAGUGACUACUGGUGAUUAUCAAGGUGUUUGACUCUGUUGUACAAAGAUCUUUCAGGAUGGAAUUUCAAGCUGCAUAAAAUAAGCCUCAAGCAGCAUCUCCAAAUCCUCUACAUGAUUAUCAUCUGAGAUGCUCCCAGCCACCACACUUGCAGCAGUUGCAAUACUAUUUGAUGCUGUAGCUCCCAACAAAGCCUCGGAUUGCU